AUGGAUCCUGAAGCUGGGGAUAUACGUAUGCGACGAUCGCAUCCGAUGAUCAAUAAUUAUAAUGAAUAUUUCAUAUCAGCAUGUCGUUCUAACAUGGACAUCAAGUUUAUCUGGACAGGCAGCGAUGCCAAAGCGCUUGUCUAUUAUAUUACAGAUUAUGUGACAAAAUCCCGUCUUUCUUUUCACGACACAUUUUCUCUUAUUCAAAAAAAAACUGUUGCAUCAUUAGGAGACAUAUCAAAUCAAGUGGAUAAUACAGACAAUGCUAUCGAAAGAUCACGUAAAUUCGUUUUACGUUGCUAUAAUACACUUGCAUCUCAACAAGAGUUAUCUGGAGCGCAAGUUGCUUCGUAUCUUAUGAAUUGGGACGAUCAUUAUACGACACACAAAUUCCAAGGAUUUUAUUUGAUUCAAACUGAACGAUACUUACAGACAGAAUUGAAUGAAUUACGUAUCAAACGAAAUUUAGAAACAAAUGCACAUGGUAGUAUGACGAUUUGUUGCAAUUCAUCUCUCCUAUAG